GUGGAGUUGAGUUUAACCAGAGUUCAACCGUGCUGUAUAUUGCUAUACAUACUUUGUUUUCACGUAGUUGUAAUAUUAUUUAUUUAUUAUGGAGGCAGACGAAUCUAUUUCAAACCCAAGUGUUUAUUUGGGGAGUGAGGACGGGAACGCUGCCUUUAAAAGGGGUUUUAUGAGAAGAGAGAAGAAGAGGGUAAUAUUCAUCAUCCGUUUCAGAGAACAUCAGGUCAAAGUUGUGUGUCUUUGAAGAGUGACAGAUCCAUGGCUGAACCUCCUAAAUUCAGUGAUAAAGCAGAACACUUUAAACACAGUGGGAGAAAGAAACAGGUGGUUCAAGAUCAGUCUAUUAUUCUUGAAGACAUUCAGGCUUACCUGAAAGCUGAAGGAAAGUUUAAAAAAUAUCUAUCACCUGCACACUGUUCAGCUUUAGCUAAUAUGCUUCUGAUGGCAGAGGAAGAGCUAAACCUCAAGAAAUACAACACAACAUCCACAGAGGCUCAAAAGAGACUGGUACCAGCUGUGAGGAACUGUCGAAAAGCAACAUUGGAAGGCUGUAAUCUCACUGAACAAUCAGGUGAAAUUGUGGCAUCGGCUCUACAGAAUGCAAACUCUCCUGUUAGAGAGCUGGAUAUGAGUAGCAAUGACCUGCAGGACUCAGGUGUUAAGUUCAUUUCUAUUGGACUUAAGAGUUCACACUGUAAACUGGAGAUACUGAGAUUAAAAGGCUGUAAACUCACCAUGCAGUCCUGUGAAACUUUGGCUUCAGCUCUGCUAUCAGAAAAUUCAUGCCUGAGAGAGCUGGACCUCAGUAACAAUGACCUGCAGGAUUCAGGAGUAAAGCAGCUCACUGCUGGCCUGAAAAGCCCACACUGUAAACUGGAGAUAUUGAGCCUAGCUGGCUGUAAACUCACCGACCAGUCAAGUGAAACACUGGCCUCAGUUCUACUUUCAGUGAACUCCUGCCUGAGAGAGUUGGACCUUAGUAAUAAUGACCUGAAGGAUUCACGUCUUGAAUGGCUCUCUGCUGGACUGAAUAGCUGUAAACUGGAAAAACUAAGAUUGGCCAGCUGUAACCUGACUGGUCAGUCCUGUGAAAUGAUGGCUUCGACUCUACAAUCAGUUAACUGCCUUCUGAAGGAGCUGGACCUGAGUGAUAAUGACCUGCGGGAUACUGGAGUGGAGAUUUUCUCAACUGGACUGAAGAGUCCUCACUGUAUACUAGAGAUACUGAGAAUGUCCACUUGUUAUCUCACUGAUCAGUCCUGUGCGACUGUGGCUUCAGUUUUACAACUAGCAAAAUGCCCUUUGAGAGAGCUGAACUUGAGCAAAAAUGACCUGCAGGACUCAGGAGUGAAGAUGCUCUCAGAUGGCCUGAAGAGUUCACACUGUAAACUGGAGAUACUGAGACUGUCUGGCUGUUUUAUCACAGAGGAAGGCUGUUCUGUUUUGGCCGCAGCUCUUACUUCAAACCCCUUACACCUUAGAGAGCUGGACCUCAGCUGCAAUCAUCCUGGAGAUUUAGGUGGUCAGCUGCUCACAGCUAGAUUGAAUGAUCCAACUUUCAAAUUGGAGACCCUCAAGUACAGUAUGUUGCACAGGGAGACUUUUCUUUUCUUGUUAAUUUCAGAUACUGAGACACUUGAAAUCAGUGCCAUUUUUGACACCCUUUAA